GCAAAGAAGAAGAAGAAGAAAAGGAAACGGAACAACCAAUAGGAAGUUGACAGGAGGCUGUUGGUCUGUCGCUAGUAUUGCUGCAGAAUGUAUAGAAAACUUUUAAUUUCGGUCGUCAUCCUUUUUAUAUUCUACAAUGAUUCAAGUGAAGCACAGAAGAAAAAAGAGACUCUCCUGUCUGAGAAAGUGACCCAAAUGAUGGAGUGGACCUCCAAGCGUUCCGUCAUUCGAAUGAACGGGGACAAAUUUCGCCGCUUUGUGAAGGCGCCUCCCAGGAACUACUCAGUUGUCAUUAUGUUUACAGCUUUGCAGCCACAGAGGCAGUGCGGGGUCUGUAGACAAGCAGAUGAAGAGUUUCAAGUGCUGGCCAACUCCUGGCGUUAUUCCUCUGCCUUCACAAACAAGAUCUUCUUUGCAUCAGUUGAUUUUGAUGAGGGAUCGGAUGUUUUUCAGAUGCUUAAUAUGAACUCUGCGCCAACAUUUAUCAAUUUCCCUGCCAAAGGGAAGCCCCGUCAAGCUGAUAACUAUGAGCUCCAGGUCAAAGGCUUUGCAGCUGAGCAGCUGGCGAGGUGGGUGGCAGACCGGACUAAUGUACAGAUACGAGUCAUUCGUCCUCCAAACUAUGCUGGGCCUCUCCUCCUUGGCUUUCUCCUUGCUGUUAUUGGCGGACUGGCAUAUCUACGAAGGAACAAUUUGGAGUUUCUCUUUAACAAUAAUGUUUGGGCCUUCUCUGCACUGUGCUUUGUCCUGAUCAUGACCUCUGGGCAGAUGUGGAACCACAUCAGAGGACCCCCAUAUGCACACAAAAAUCCUAACUCGGGCCAGAUUAGCUACAUCCACGGCAGCAGUCAGGCACAAUUUGUGGCUGAGACACAUAUUGUCCUACUCUUCAAUGCUGCAGUUACUUUGGGGAUAGUGCUUUUGUGCGAAGCUGCCAACUCUGAAACAGACAUAGGAAAAAGAAAAAUUAUGAGCGUUGCAGGUAUUGCUCUGGUGAUGCUGUUCUUCAGUUGGCUGCUGUCUAUUUUCAGGGCAAAGUAUCAUGGAUACCCAUAUAGCUUCCUGAUGAGUUAGGCUUGAGCAGCAUCUUUUUCCUGACCUUAAGAAGCCAAAGUGCCUCCAUUGUUUUAUUUUCUAUUGGAGCAAUGUCACCAUGUUGUCACUGUUGACCUUAUGCCUCCUAUGAUCAGAUCUGUUGAGCCAAAGACGUGUGAGGGCACUUUUCACACACAUUCACACACAGUGCUUUACACACAGGUACAGAUUUUGUCUAAAUGAGUUUAUUGUACUAUGGAAUUGUGAAUAAUUGUGUUUUCGUAAUUGGGAUAAUCUGAUUCAAUAAUGGUAAAGAGAGUUUUAUGGUGUGUAACACUUAUUACUACUGUGUGAGAAGCAUAAUAUGGGGGAACAAAAAAAGUUUAAUUGCACAAACAAAUUGUCUUUUAUAAUGCUAAAUUAUUCACAUACAAGGUGAAUUACAUGUACUUUUCUGUUCAACACCAACAGAUAAUGAUAGUUAACUAAUAAAGAAGU